AUGCCACGUGAUGAUAAGGCCGCGCAAAGGCGGUUAGAAACCCCGGAAAGACAGGCAGUAUCCUGUCGCAGUGCUGGAAGACGCAGUCGCAGUCGCGCUCGUCGGGAAAGUCAUAGUUACCGCAGUAGGAGCAGUCUGCGUAGUUCCGAAAGAGGGCGAACGCAAGAUCAGGCCCUCGACGAGGAAGUGAAGAGACAGCGCCAACGAAUUCAUGAACUCGAGGGUGGGCUGCAGCGACAGCGUAAUAUGAAUGACAACAUGGACAACGUCCGCGACAGGAGUAUGGAGCAAGAACGUCGCCCAGAGAUGCGACGCUCGCAACGUGUGCAGCAGGACGAGCUACGUGCAACGGCAGCCAGACGGGAUAUCAGGUCGGUUAGUCCGCUAUUUACAUCAAAGGAUGUUGCGAAUAUUGUUAACUCCUUGAAUUCUCUAAAACCUAAACCUCAGCCGUCACCAGUUACAACUUUAUCACAUUCUAAUAGUCAUAUAAACCAGAAAAAUAUUCUUCCUGAAUUUGAUCCUUCUUCAAAGGUUCAAAGGAUUGAUGUAUGGAUAAAGAAGGUUAACGAAUGCGCCACUGUUUACGGCUGGGAUGAAAAGACAGUUAUACAUUUUGCUAUGCAAAACUCCAAGGAUUGGCUAAACUUUGGUACGAAAGUUUAA